CAAAAUUUAUUUUAUCAAUUAGGUUAAAGUUCAUCUUCAGAUUUAUACUUAUAAUAUUGUUCAAUGUUACGGAAUAACUUUAGACCCAAAUACUAAAGAUUAUAUAAUGGUAUUACAUUACUGCAGCGAAGGAAAUUGGAGGAAUUAUAUAAAUAGUUCUAAGAAUUAUAUAGAUUGUAAAUUAAGAAUUGAUAUGUUUAUGCAAAUUGCAAGGGGGCUUUUAGAUAUUCAUAAUGCUGGAUUAAUCCAUAAAGAUUUUCAUUCAGGUAAUAUAUUAAUAUCUUAUAGAGGUUCAUUUAUAAGUGAUUUAGGAAUGUGUCAACCAGCAAUAAAGCAAUCAGUUAAAGAAGAAGGUAUUUAUGGAGUAUUACCAUAUACGGCACCAGAAGUUUUACAUGGAUAUCAAUAUACUAAAGCAGCAGAUAUUUACUCAUUUGGAAUAAUAAUGAAUGAAUUUCUUUCUGAAGAAAUUCCUUUUAAUGAUAUUUCUCAUAAUGAAUCCUUAGCUAUUAAAAUAUAUAAAGGACUUAGACCAACAAUUUCUAAAGAUGUACCAAAAUUACUUGCAGACCUAAUUUCUAAAUGUUGGGAUACCAAAAUAGAAAAUAGACCAACUGCUAAUGAAUUGUAUCAGAUUUUAGAAAAAUGUAAUAAUGAGAUUUGGAAUGUUGAAUUUAGUAAAUAUAUUCAUGAUGAUAAAAAUAGUCAAAAUAGUGAAAUUUAUUCUCAAAUAAAAGAAUUUGAUAAAAUUGGAGAGAUAAAAUUUAAUAACAGGUCAAAUGAAGAUAAAUCCAAAAUUACUCAAACACAUCCACAAGCUAUUUAUACAUCUCGGUUACUUAAUCCUUAUACUGAAGGACUUGCAAUUGAUUUUACAGAGUUAGAUGAUGAAAAAUGAUCAGAAUUAAUUUUACUACAAAAAUUAUCAACUUAUUUUACUUAUUUUCUGCUUAUUAUAAAAAAUGUAUUUUAUUUAUUUUUAUAAAUAUUCAUUAUAAAAUCAUGUUAAAUAUGAAUUUCAUUAUAUUUUGUUUCAACACUG